ACAUUUUGUUUAAAACAAAAUGUCUCUCAAAAUCGUUCUAAACUUCUCGUUGUUGGUGGUGUUCUUCGUGCUCGUAUGUACGUAAUGGUGGCUGGGGUGGCAGCAAGCCCUGGUGGGUGACCACCUCCACGGGCUCAGGAAGCAGGUUGCCGACUGGCAGACCCGCUAGAACGGUAUUACAAGCCUUGCUAGCGGAUUAGCAAAAGGUUUUCUCGGUUUCUCGCCAGUGCCAAGAUGUCCUCAUACGCUAUUCGAUGACCGCCUUGCUAUGCCAGUGUGGCAGUCGGUGCCACCUGUGUCUUAGUUUGUACGCCUCCAGCAUUCAAGCCGGCAGGUGGAGGGCUUGCGUUCGUUCCUGCUACAGGUGGGCGAGGAGCCACAAAACCACGAUGGCCAAUAUGGUCAUUGGUCCGAAUGUUUGCCUAUCACUUCCCUGCUGUUACUACUUCAGCAAUUAAUAUGGGCCGUAAAGAUUUUGUGGGGCCGGAAGAAAACACACAUUUAAUAGCGUCAGAACGAUGACAAUCGGCAUCAAGUUGCUCAAAAUGAUGAGGAGCCUCUCAUGCUCCCUCACGAGGAAGCCAAAAAGAAUGUCAUCGCAAGUGAAGACAAGUGGUAUGAAGUAUCUGAAAAUGAUGAGGAGCCUCUCAUGCUCCCUCACGAGGAGAUGGACGUAAACACUAGUACAAAAGAAGAAUAAGAAGAAAGCAAAUCCGACUCCCCCAAAAAAGUUAUGAAGGAACCAAAAGACAAAAAGUCAAAAGCCUGCCCCAAGAAACGUCGCCGCCCACAAAAGAUACAAUGCCAAGAAGACGACCCCACCGAGUUGAUCACACUGACAGUUCAGUGCCCAUAAUAUUACCAAAUGAAACUCAUAAGCAUGUACGAAAAAAAGCACGACGUGUUUCUCAAAUUGGGCGGCGGCACCAACACUGUAGAAGUGUUCGGCGAAAAACAAAAGGCAGAAAAAUGUUAAAGUGAUAUAGAGGCGUUUAUGACGGAAAUAAAAAAUAAAAAAUUAGAUAAAAAACGUGCUUGGGCGCAGAAGGUAAAGGACAAGCGUGGCCAGGUACCCAACAAAAUGCCCAAAGACAUCACUGGACAGGGGCCCGACCGUUUUGAGACCACAGAUGGCCCUGCCAAGGCAGCGCCAGCAGCCACUGGUGGCCCUGCCAAGACAUCGCAAGUAGAAAAAGGUGGCCCUUCCAAGGCAUCGCAAGCAGAAAAAGGUGGCCCUUCCAAGGCAUCGAGAGUGGGAAAAGGUGGCCCUGCUAAGACAUCGCAAGCAGAAAAAGGUGGCCCUUCCAAGGCAUCGCAAGCAGAAAAAGGUGGCCCUUCCAAGGCAUCGCAAGCAGAAAAAGGUGGCCCUUCCAAGGCAUCGCAAGCAGAAAAAGGUGGCCCUUCCAAGGCAUCGAGAGCGGAAAAAGGUGGCCCUUCCAAGGCAGCGCCAGCAGCCACUGGUGGCCCUGCCAAGACAUCGCAAGCAGAAAAAGGUGGCCCUGCUAAGGCAUCGAGAGCGGAAAAACUUGGCCCUGACAAGACAUCGCCAGCACCCACUGAUGGCCCUGACAAGACAUCGCCAGCACCCACUGAUAGCCCUGACAAGGCAUCGCCAGCACCCACCGAUAGCCCUGACAAGGCAUCGCCAGCACCCACUGAUAGCCCUGACAAGGCAUCGCCAGCACCCACUGAUAGCCCUGACAAGGCAUCGCCAGCACCCACUGAUAGCCCUGACAAGGCAUCGCCAGCAGACACUGAUAGCCCUGACAAGGCAUCGCCAGCAGACACUGAUGGCCCUGACAAGACAUCGCCAGCACCCACUGAUAGCCCUGACAAGGCAUCGCCAGCACCCACCGAUAGCCCUGACAAGGCAUCGCCAGCACCCACUGAUAGCCCUGACAAGGCAUCGCCAGCAGACACUGAUGGCCCUGACAAGGCAUCGCCAGCAGACACUGAUGGCCCUGACAAGGCAUCGCCAACAGACACUGAUGGCCCUGACAAGGCAUCGCCAGCAGACACUGAUGGCCCUGACAAGGCAUCGCCAGCAGACACUGAUGGCCCUGACAAGGCAUCGCCAGCAGACACUGAUGGCCCUGACAAGGCAUCGCCAGCAGACACUGAUGGCCCUGACAAGGCAUCGCCAGCAGACACUGAUGGCCCUGACGAGGCAGCGCCAGCAGACACUGAUGGCCCUGACGAGGCAGCGCCAGCAGACACUGAUGGCCCUGACAAGGCAUCGCCAGCGGACACUGAUGGCCCUGACAAGGCAUCGCCAGCGGACACUGAUGGCCCUGACAAGGCAUCGCCAGCGGAUACUGAUGGCCCUGACAAGGCAUCGCCAGCAGACACUGAUGGCCCUGACGAGGCAUCGCCAACAGACACAGAUGGCCCUGACAAGGCAUCGCCAGCGGACACAGAUGGCCCUGACAAGGCAUCGCCAGCGGACACAGAUGGCCCUGACAAGGCAUCGCCAGCGGACACUGAUGGCCCUGACAAGGCAUCGCCAGCGGACACUGAUGGCCCAGACAAGGCAUCGCCAGCAGACACUGAUGGCCCUGACGAGGCAUCGUAGGCCUACCAACACGGUCCUC